AUGGCGUCACUCGAAGCUGCUAUUGACGAGGAAAUGAGAGAGGUCGUCAAGAUUCUCGAAGGCAACCAAAAGCCCGGCGCACGACGCGCAGAGAGCCCAGCUGCGCGCGCGCAAAGUCCUGGCUCCGCUGCCUCGCCCAUUCGCAGCAUGCUGGACGUCGACUCGCCGGCCCAGCGUAGGAGCUCCAGCCGAGGCAGCACUGGUAUCCCCUUCGCCAUGCCCUCGUCACCGCGUCGCGUGAACCCCGAAUCGGCGUACAAAUUCGAAAUGCUGCCCUCCAUCGACGCACAUGCCAUGCCUAAGCGAGUCUCGCAGGGUGGCAAGCUGGAUGCCGCUGCGAAGCCGCGUGCCAUGUCCUCUGUCUAUGGCAACUCCAGCGGCUUCCUGGGCAAUUCCAGGGAUAGGCACAACUCCGCGAGUGGGCCCUUGGGCAGAUCCAAGUCUGGCUCUCCGGGACCAGGCCGAUCUGCCUCUCCAGUAACGCGCAUGGCGAACCCGACACCGGCCGCACCCACAUCGAACAACACCUUCGUCACAGACUCGGGCAAGCGCAUUGACAUGGACAAGGCAUAUCGCAAACUGAACGACUCUGCUUUGGCACAAUCUGAGGGCGGAUUGUCCUCACUACCGAAUCGCAAGGGUGUUGAUCCCGUGAAGGGCACUGCCACUGCGCCCGGCGGGGGCGUGCGCCUUGCGACAGACGACGACGGCGAAGAUAGUGCUGCUGUCGAGAGUAGUGACAAUGCUUCGGAUAGUUCAGAUUGGGAAGAUGGGUGGAACAAAACCAAGGAGAGAAAACGAGGCAGGCAGCGGUCGAGAAAGUCGUCUGGAGGCACCGACAGCAUGGGCAGAGAAGUCAUCACUGCUAAGAGCCUGCUGGCUGCUGCCGAGCAAGAGCGGCGAGAUGUCGCCGUUUCCUACAAAGUACGAUCAUUACUAGACCCCAACAUAAACAUUACUGGCCCCAACGGGGAGAGGAUAUCGAGGAAGGGUUCGUCGGGAGUGGUACAUCCCCAUACCAGUUUUGACCAGGGCGGGUCUGGUCUUUCGACCCCAGUUCAUUCAGACCACGAGGAUGAGCUUGCCGAGAUCAAAUCAGCCCAGCAGCUUUCGCUGAACAUCUCACCUAUCCAAUCCAGCCCAGAGGCCCACCGCUGUGUUCGACAAAUAAUCCGGGGCGACUACGUUCAGUUUGCUGAAGACGCGAAGAACGGAUUGAGAAGACAGCGUGUGUAUCUGGUGUCUACUGAUUUAAGUGACGAAGCAGCCUAUGCUUUGGAGUGGACCAUCGGCACCGUUUUGCGAGAUGGCGACACUCUACUCGCCGUCUAUGCCGUCGAUGAGGAAACUGGAGUCGCAACCACGGAUGCUUCAGGUGCACCUAUCAGUCAAGGUACUACCGGACGGCAGGAAUCUGAUCAUCUCAAACGGACGCUGUCGAACCAUGACGGGUUGCCAGCCACAAGACCUGGCUUCUCCGCGCUAUCCAGCUCCAUAAUGGCUACCGAGGCCAACGUGAAAAAUAUGGGAAAGGCGGAGAAAGACAGGUACCAGGCAUGCGUAGAGGUGUCGGACCGGUGCGUCAAGCUGCUAAGGAAGACCCGGCUGCAAGUGCGUGCCGUCGUUGAGGUGUUUCACUGCAAGAGCCCCAAGCACAUGAUUACUGAAGUGAUUGACUUCUUGGAACCUACCCUGGUGAUCCUGGGGUCGCGAGGCCGCAACGCGUUGAAAGGUGUUCUUCUCGGAUCGUUCAGUAACUACCUUGUAACCAAGUCGUCGGUACCAGUCAUGGUUGCACGGAAACGGCUCCGGAAACACAGCAAAUACAAACGGCAGAACGUCCGGAUGUCGAACGUGAUCGCAGGCUCCAAUGACAGGCUCGCAAAUGCAAAGAUCGAUUGA